UGGAAGGUUCAUUUCUGAAUCAAAGGUCGAACUAGUAAUCAGUCUAGUGUUCAAGUGGAAAGUUGUAACAAAAAUUUUUAAAUAUUUUUAUAAAUAUGAAGACUACUUUAUUCACGUGUUUUAUCGUUGUGGCAAAUUUAAGCUUACAAAUAUUUGCUGUACCAAUAUCUAGCCUGGAGUUCCCCUACCCACCAGAAGAAGUUUUCCGCAGUCUUCGGAAAGAAGAUAGUAGUGCAUUUAAUCGCAAUCAAGCAGAUGCAACGCUAGGACGAAAUAAUUUCAUGAAUAGAUUUGGAUUCAAUCGAAAUGUACAUGAGUUACCAAAUCCUGAUGAUAGUCAUUUGUCACCAAUUGCCGAAUCAUUAGUUGGUUUUUGUGGAAACGGCAAAAUGGAUACUCUUCAUCUGCUAAAUCAAAUUGAGAAUGGAAACAGUUUUAAUUUUAAUGAUAUAUCAGAAUUAACCGAAAAUGAAAUUGUUAUUUUCGUAAAAGCAAUCGUCGAAAUGUUACGCAUUUUCCAAAGACAAACUUUGCAAAAAUUUUCUUAUAUUCGUGACUCAAUGGAAUUUAGACUAAGGCCUGACUUAGGAUCCAAUGAUAUUGAUAGACUGCACGGAGCCAUAUCAUUAGCUUUUCAAAAGUUUCAUUAUAUGAUUCAAAGAUGGUCGCAACCCGGUGAAAUUGAAAAUUUCGUUAGACUAUACAAAAAUGAAAUACCUUCUGGAAUUCAAUCUAUUAAGACAAUGUUAAACAUAUGGAAUGUUAAACGUCUUUUAGAACAUCUCUUCGAUGACAUGGGAAAUUUACAACCCAAUUACCAAUAAAUUUAUAAUUUUGUUUUAAAAAAUUACGAAUAUUUUAUUAAUAAAAAAACUGUAAUGGUUAUAAUAGUGUGUAAAAAUAAAUUUAACUGAAAAUUUUUUUCUUAAAAUAGUAAAAAGUAAUUUUUGACAAUAAUGAACUAAUAUACAUAUAAUAUAUAUUAUCUAAUAUAUACAUACAUUGUAUUUUUUUGUAGAGGUUUCAUAAGUUCAUAAAUUACUUAUCAUUAAAAUGUAAAUACUUGCAAUA